AUGGAUUUGAAAAACCAGAUCGAUGCGACCAUAUCUCCAAUUUCACUAGCUACGCUGCAAGUCGAUUUAGAGAGACUGAAGCCGAUGGAUGGACCGAAAAAGCACCGCAUCAAGCUUCUUGAUUUUCGAAUCGUCUUCCAAUACUCGACCGCCGAUAUACGACUUCACAUUAAUCGAUUCUGCAUCGACUGGGCCAAUGGACCUCUCAAGUAUUUACCCGCCAGGAAGUUGAAGAAAGAAAAAAGCCUGAGGUCCAUCCUAGAAAGAGUGCUCCAGAAAGCUACAAACUCUCGGAAAACUCUCAACCCGAAUGGACCCGUGUGUCCUGUGCCCAGACCUUGUGAAUCGGUCACCAAUGACCGAUACCAGCCAGACGAGCGGCAGAACAGCCCUGAGAAUGCUAUGGUCUCCCAGCAAUUGUUCUCCCAGGUCCCCACGGAUGAACAUUGUACUGCGAAUCUCCCUUCCAAGCCAGGGCGUUCCCUCUUGCGUGCGCCGGCCGAGCUUCUUCAGCGUCUCAUGCCUUCGUCUCGCUCAUUUCUUGGAAUUACAUCGCAAGAUCCUUUGCCACGUCAAGGGGCCGAAUCUUCCGCCCAUAAGGGCCCAAGUCAGCCGAUAAGUGGUAACGAUCAAGUUGCACACAAUUACCAGCAGCUUGGCUCAUUGGCUCCCGGGCGAAAUGACAGCCGUCAAGGAGGCGUGUUUGCGUCUCAGAUCGAGAAUGGAAGUGAGGGCAACAUAUCCUCCGAAUCUUCCGAACCUUUGAAUCUCUCCUUUCAGCGGGGUUCAACAGGCCCGGCUUCUGAAAGCGAAGAUGACGAUGCAAAAUCCGUUUCGUCUCAAAUUCCUCCGGGCAGCUUGAACGAGGCAACAGCCAAUGAGAUCACUCCGAUUGAAGCAGAUUCCCUUGCCACACAGCAUCCUGCUACUCAGCCAUUGCUUGCAAUGGAAAGACCAUCACCUCGGAAAAGACAACGUGAGAGCGUGGGGACACAGUCCCAGCUGGCUUUUCAUGAGAACGCACGUCAAGAAUCACAAAGGGAUUCACCGUGGAAUAAGAGACAACGAAUCGACACCUCCCAUGCAUCAUUAAAACAACUCUCCCGGUUUGGAGAGUCAGCAGAGGAAAAUUUGGACACGUUACAGGCUGAAGCACAGAGCAUUAAGACAGAUAAAAUCAAUAUAGACCCUGCACUGAUUCGUUCUUUUCGGUCAAACCAGGUGAAUCCAUGGGAGGGAUUUGGUGGAACGAUACCAUCAAAUGAGGUCUUUAUUCCAAGAGAUCAGGCAAACCUGCUCGAGGAAAAGCUUUGGAUCCCACCUAUGCCAAAUGAGCAAAUGCCUCAAGGGCAUGUGCCCCCUUCGCUCUUAAGACAAUGGAACAACAUUGCAGUGCGCAGACAUCGACAGGCAGAAGAAGCCAACUCUAUACCAGAACAGCCUCUUGCUCUAACUCAAGAUACCGUUAUGUCUUCUGAACAUGAUGACUCCGGAUCCGAGGGAACCCCACUCGAUUGGACGCCAACCCCGGAGAAAAGUCGGUUUGAGAAUCGCCUUCCAGAUAGCAGUCCCGUGAGACAAGCAAAUAUUUCCGGCAUGAAGCCUGUUCUAAGUCUAGGGUGUGAUACUGUUGAUCAAACUAAUGGACAUGAUAAUCUGGGCGUUCCGACUGGCUUUGACAAAGGAUUCAAUCCUCAAACAAAACAUGCAGAGGCAUCUCAAAGCGCGUUUGGGGCAUCUAUGGUGGAAGACUUUCGGUCCCUUGAAGGAAACGAUGCUGGAGCUGACAAGAUGGCCUCGGCCAAAAUAUCCCAAUAUGAACUUGGAAAAGGCCAUACUGAUCUGGAUCAAUCAGAUCGUUCCCUGUGCCUCGAAGGUGAAGCACCAAACCAAGCACCAGAGUUGUCUGAGAAGUUACCCACACGGCACAACUGCCUUGAAUGUGCUAUCCAACUGAAGGAGGAUAUUUCGGGCGACGAAAGUGACGAGUCAAUGAUGGACACGUCUGUGCCUUUGGGACUUGGCGAAAGCUGGCCAGAUCCGACCCAAAGCACUCAGGCUGAGCAAGAUGUGGUAAGCUCGGGGGCUUCGCUUUCAGGAGCGAAAAGGAACAAUGUGCAAGUUGCAGAGACUCCUGCGAAUAAUAACAGUCGACUGCACGGCAACGAGUCGAGCAAGCCGGAAACUGAAUUUCGACCUCACCAUACCCAAACGCCUUCCUCUCAAGCCCACAAAACUUCAUCGCCUUCGCGAGUUCUCAGUACGUAUCCCCAUCAUGGAAGCUAUGAGAAAAGCCAGACGUCAAAUGACGGACUGGGUUCAUCUUCUCAUCCUGCCAGCAAUGGAUCACCUCGGGUUGAUGUCGAAGGGACACAGACCCAAAACAGCAGCACGAAUGUGCCAUUCCAGGGUGCAACUCAGUCCCAAGAGAUCGUGCUUGAUUCCUCUGAUCUAGCUAAUCGGCAACAAGAUUUCUCCUUGUCAGGCCAACAAGCAGUUCCCGAGCCAUUGACUUUGAUAUUCGCGAGCUCCAACGAGCCAACUUCGACCCAGCUCAAUCAGCAAAGUCAAAGAUCUGUGGAAGGGUAUCUCUCACAAGAUGUGCCCAUAAUUUCUUCGCAAGAGUCUACGACAGGUCAUUCCCGCGUUCCUGUAGCUGAGCAAGACUACUCUCCAGCAAAAACCCAACGAAGCUUACCACCUGACAAUGAGCUCGUAGACGAAAGCUUGACGGACGUGCAAACCACCCAAAGCGCUGCUCUUGUGGCCCGACGUCUAGCACACAUCGGCAACCCGGACAAGGUUGCACAGGCUAGGGAAGUAUACAAGAGAUUUUGUGACGACUACCCAUCCUAUACCGGGGACUUUGAUCACUUCAUCGAGUUGUGUUCCAGGCUGCAGGCAGUUCGAGUGGAAGGGAAGCUCCAGCAGUCGUUGUUGUGGGAUGACUUUAUCAUCAUGCAUCUCCAGCAAUAUUCCUCACACAUUGAGCAGCGUGCAUCCCAGGACUCAAUGACGCUGAGUUACGAAGAAUACUUCCUUCUGAACUUCACGCACCCGACCCACAGAAAACGCAGUCUGGCAGCCCACGGUGUCGAACUUGCGGCGUCGCAAUUCAUUCCAACUAAAAUGAUACCCCCAGUUGCCAACAGCCAAGUGCAGCCAGACUCGCCUGCUGCUCAAGUGGAAGUCCAAAUAUCUUCAUUGGCGAUUCCUCCGGCGGAAAAUCCCCCCCAAUUUGCCUGUCGAAAUAAUCAAGGAAGUCGCGCCGAGUAA